CCUGUUUACAGUCGCACGGACCCAAUCAUUUCCCGUUUCUGAACUCAAGCAUAAACAACGCUGUGUGGCCUAUAUAGUAGAUUAGGUAGUUAGUUUAUUCGUCACCUACCUAUCGAAUUUAGGCUGUUCGCAUUAGCGGACAUAAAACACGUUAGCUAUGCCUCUGUCUGAUCAAGAACAGAGAGGCCCCAGAAGACGACGACGGAGCCGAUCUGGCAGCGGCAGUCGAUCUCGCGACUCCAGUCCAGUCUUUGGGCCCAUGCCCAAGGGCCCCAGAUAUGAAGAAGAGCUUAAACCUCCUCGAAUGUCCGAGAGGGAAAGAGAAAUGAGAGAGAGAAAUGCCAAACGGUUUCGUACGGAAAACCCCCGCAGUCGUUCUAAGUCUCGAGAGAGGUACAGUAACCACAGCUGGUCCGAUCAGCGCGGUGGCGGCGCUGGCAGAUACGGAGGUGGUGGCGGCAGGAAUGAUUACUACGAACGGGAUGAUGCUCAACGCCAGAGACAAGACGCCUUCAUCUCCAGGUAAAUGGAGUUCGCGCGCGCAAGUUAAUUAGUUACCACCUUGUCUCAGCUGUUUAGACCUAUUUAUGCACAGCUAACUACAGUCGUGGUCAAAAGUUUUGAGAAUGACAAGUAUUGGUCUUCAAAGUUUGCUGCUUCAGUGUUUUUAGAUAUGUCAGAUGUUACUAUGGUAUACUGAAGUAUAAUUACAAGCAUUCCAAGUGUCAAAGGCUUUUAUUGACAAUUACAUUAAGUUUAUGCAAAGAGUCAAUAUUUGCAGUGUUCUUUUUCAAGACCUCUGCAAUCCGCCCUGGCAUACUGUCAAUUAACUUCUGGGCCACAUCCUGACUGAUGGCAGCCCAUUCUUGCAUAAUCAAUGCUUGGAGUUUGUCAAUUUGUGGGUUUUUGUUUGUCCACCCGCCUCUUGAGGAUCGACCACAAGUUCUCAAUGGGAUUAAGGUCUGGGGAGUUUCCUGGCCAUGGACCCAAAAUGUCGAUGUUUUGUUCCCCGAGCCACUUAGUUAUCACUUUUGCCUUAUGGCAAGGUGCUCCAUCAUGCUGGAAAAGGCAUUGUUCGUCACCAAACUGUUCUUGGAUGGUUGGGAGAAGUUGCUCUCGGAGGAUGUGUUGGUACCAUUCUUUAUUCAUGGCUGUGUUGUUAGGCAAAAUUGUGAGUGAGCCCACUCCCUUGGCUGAGAAGCAACCCCACACAUGAAUGGUCUCAGGAUGCUUUACUGUUGGCAUGACACAGGACUGAUGGUAGCGCUCACCUUGUCUUCUCCGGACAAGCUUUUUUCCGGAUGCCCCAAACAAUCGGAAAGGGGAUUCAGAGAAAAUUACUUUACCCCAGUCCUCAGCAGUACAAUCCCUGUACCUUUUGCAGAAUAUCAGUCUGUCCCUGAUGUUUUUCCUGGAGAAAAGUGGCUUCCUCGCUGCCCUUCUUAACACCAGGCCAUCCUCCAAAAGUCUUCGCCUCACUGUGCGUGCAGAUGCACUCACACCUGCCUGCUGCCAUUCCUGAGCAAGCUCUGCACUGGUGGUGCCCCGAUCCUGCAGCUGAAUCAACUUUAGGAGACGGUCCUGGCACUUGCUGGACUUUCUUGGGCGCCCUGAAGCCUUCUUCACAACAAUUGAACCUCUCUCCAUGAAGUUCUUGAUGAUCUGAAAAAUGGUUGAUUUAGGUGCAAUCUUACUAGCAGCAAUAUCCUUGCCUGUGAUGCCCUUUUUGUGCAACGCAAUGAUGACGGCAUGUGUUUCCUUGCAGGUAACCAUGGUUAACAGAGGAAGAACAAUGAUUUCAAGCACCACCCUCCUUUUAAAGCUUCCAGUCUGUUAUUCUAACUCAAUCAGCAUGACAGAGUGAUCUCCAGCCGUGUCCUCGUCAACACUCUCACCUGUGUUAACGAGAGAAUCACUGACAUGUCAGCUGGUCCUUUUGUGGCAGGGCUGAAAUGCAGUGGAAAUGUUUUUUGGGGGAUUAAGUUUUCAUGGCAAAGAGGGACUUUGCAGUUAAUUGCAAUUCAUCUGAUCACUCUUCAUAACAUUCUGGAGUAUAAGCAAAUUGCCAUCAUAAAAACUGAGGCAGCAGACUUUGUGAAAAUUAAUAUUUGUGUCAUUCUCAAAACAUUUGACCACGACUGUAGUAUCAGUGCAAAUGCAACACUUGACCCACACUAGAUAGCUAACGACAAAUUGUUUCAAGGAUUUGUGAAGUCCUGUUUAAAUUGAGCCAAAGCAGAGAUGACCUCCUGGGCUGCAGAUUGUUGGCUUUUGUUCCAGCCCAAGAUGCCUAUACACCUGACUCAACCAAUCACAGCCUUGAUCAUUUGAUUCAGGUGUGUUAACUCUGGACUAAGUGGAUUUCAGGCUAUUGGAAAUUGCACAUCCUGUGCCUCUAGCCUAGGACAAAGAUUGUCUAUUAUAUUGACAAAAUAUUCGAUUAGUUUAUUAGUCACAUGCACAGGGUCGCAGAUGUAAUUGCAGGGUACAGUGAAAUUCUUAAGUUAUUCGAGCGACCACUAACAAUGGAAAUACAUGUCCUCAAAGAUGGAAGGGAGGCGAGAUCUUCUUCUAUGGUAAAUUGGCGAUCGCACAAUUUAAUGUGCAUCCGCCACCUACUGUGCGGGAUGGAAACAGGAUUCCCCAAAAUUGAACAAAAUACCAACAAAAAAAACGACCAAAAAAAUAAUAAAAACUAAACUAAAUCAAACAACCUUUCUGUUAAAAAUCAAAUAGAUCUGACACCUACACAGGCUCAAGGGGAGCCUGGGAGGGUGGGUCUUCCGGCGCCAGUACCCCUUGCAAGUCUUCAGAUGUAAAAUCCUUAAAUCCCCAAAACUUUUCUGCCACAAUAAUGUCCAGUUUCUUAGACUUCUUUGAGACUUGUGCUGUACAGUUUAACUGUCAAUGAACGCCACAAAAUCCACCGUUUUAACACACAGGGUAUCUUUUGACUGGCAGCAAACAUUUAUUAGAAGCUGUGGUGCAUCCACUACCAUAUCUUCACUAGCAUCACUUGUUUUCUCAAUUAUUUUAAUCGCCUCUGCAUAGGAGAUUCGAUUGACCGCUCAAAGUUUUGCCAACUCAAUCUCCUUCACCCUUACAGGGCACUCCAGGAACUCGGGGAUCAUGAUCCCAAUCACAAUUGCAACACCGUCGUCAUUCUACACACCGUUCUUCAAUAUACUCUGUCUGUCUGCACACACUUCAAACAUGGCCAAAUCCUUUACAAUUCUUACACUGCAAUGGUUUGGGGACGAAAGCUCUUACAGCGUAUCUUACAUAACCAAGCUUCACAUGCGUAGGUAUUUGCUCUUUAUCAAAAAACAACAGGACCGACAGACUUUCUUCUUUUUCUCCAUUCACCCAGCAGGUCAGACGCCGGGCACCAACCACACCAGGAAUUUUCUUCAGGUAUUCAACCUGAACAUCCGUCGUCACCCCUAAGAUGACUCCUUUGACGGGUGCUCUACUCCGAAGUUCAAAACACAACUUCUGUUGUUCUGAUUCUUUUGAGGCUCACUGCAAUCUUCCUCUGUUCUUCAGAAAUACAAUUAAUCAAAAUAAGACCAUUCCUGGUCACUCUGAUAGACUCCACUUCUCCCAGCGCAUACUUCACAAUUUUCGACACCUCAAACGGGUUUCCCACAUAUGCAUCCUUACUCAACAAACACAUCCCAACAACAAGCGAUUCAUUAUCAUUCAUACACAAAUCUUCCACUCCAAUUCUAAACAAUUUCCUUUUUGUUCCAGUUUUCGCUACUACUGUUGUCCAUUCAGAACAUUCGUCUUCACCAACUUUGCUUGACGCGCUGCUUGAUCCGACCUCAACAUCCACUUCUGCCAUCUUUGUCCUGAACGGGAACCGUAGUCCCAGGAGGCGAGAUGAGGUGGGACCAUUCUCGCCAAUGAGAGGGCAGAUAGUGUGAACAACAGGCCAUAGAGAUCGAUAGAGGAAUGAUCUUUGCAGUACAUUUUCUGCUUCUUCAUUAGCUGAUUGCACCGAACUCAUAGGAAUCCUCACCCAGUUGACUACUUUAAAUGGUGGAAGCCCUCAAUGGUAAUGUCCAUGCUAAAACAGGUUAUAUCCAUGAUGAAUCCUAUCCAUCUCUAUGACAACAGGCACAACUCCAAUAUAAAGUAGUUUUUGGGUAAGUUGCGAAGUGCCACGUGAGUCCACUUGUAUCAGUAUAUUUGUAACAACCUAACCAUUACGAAACUUCUAUUAGAUCAAAUAAGCCUCACAUAGCAAGUUAGCAAUUACAUUUUUUGACCACCAUACAAAAAAUCCUCACUUCGUGGGCUUGUUUUUGUGGACAGAUUUUGGGUGGAGAAAAACCUCUUGCUUCGCCUCUUCCUCUGCCUAGGGCUACGAUUGGUCAUCACUCAAUUGGUCACAAGGUUUAAUGUAUUUCUUGUAUAUUUCUAAUGAUAUGAAUUUCAUUCCAGGCGGCUACAAGAGAGGGAGAGAAUUGGUGAACUUGGAUCACCUGAGGUCUGGGGCUAUUCACCAAGAGUAAUGGCACCAGAGUAAGUAAUUAUCAUGCAUCUGAUCUGACUAAUCAAGUACAAGAGUUCCAAGAGUUGGGCUAUACACACCAACUAUCAAAUUAUCCACGUUUAGAUCAUUUUGUGUCCUUUUUCAAUAAGCUCUGAUGAACAUACCCCAGUUGAAGAGGAUGUGAAAAACAGCAGCUCAGAUUCAAGCUCAUCAGGUGAGUAUGCUGAAUUAGCCUUUUAUAAUGAAAGUCUGUGUUCUCAGUUAGCCUACAUCUGACUGAAUGACAUGCAUUGACUAGUCAAGAACAAAGUGUAAACUGGGCAUACUAUAUUACGUAGUAAGUCAAAUGUAUGUUCUGAUUACACCCUUGAAUUGGCGAGAGAUCAAGACAAGUGCACUAUAAUUCAUAGAUGAUAAGAAGAAGAAAAAGAAGAGGAGGAAAUCCAAAAAGAAGAAGAACAAGAAACACUCCAAUGACAGCGAGUCAGAAUCGGACUCUGGUGGUGAGAAAUGUUUCACCUUAAAAAAAUGUUCAAUUCAAUUACAAAGGCUGCUUGUCCGGCUAAGUUUAUUUCACCCUCUAAUUUAGUUUUCUUUCAGGUGAGGAAGUUAAAAAGAAGAAAAAGAAGAAGAGCAAAAAGUAAGUUCACUCACGUCUACUUCCUACCUCUAGUCAACCGUCCAUAACGAAUACAUGACAUACCUAUACACUACAGCGUUUUCCUCAACCGUGUUUUGGCUUCUCCUCAUAGGUCAAAGAAGUCCAAGAAGAGGAAGGCGAAGAAGAACCGCAAGCAGUCAGCGAGCGACUCCAGCAGUGACGGGUCGGAGGAGGAGGAUGCCAACGGGGAUCUGUGGGUGGAGAGGACCUGCAUCGACGAACACAUGGUGGGCCCUGAGGCCCCACUCACCCACCUGUCCCAGGACGACAAGCCUCUCGAGUGAGUAUCUCUUUACAUAGAAGGAUCUUUCUUACAUUCAAGAAUAUGACCCAAGUUUGAGUCUGUCGCUUGGUACAACUUGCUUCCACAUUUUGUCAGGAUAUUACCACACUAUAUUCGGCUUUUAAAAUGCAGGUCUAUUCUUUUAUUUUUUAUUAUCAAUAAUAACAAUAAUAAUAUCAAUGAAUAGCCAAAUGAUUUACAUACCGUUUCCCCCUAGUUUUGGUCAUGCACUGCUGCCAGGUGAGGGUGCUGCUAUGGCAGAGUAUGUGAAAGCAGGCAAGCGUAUCCCAAGAAGAGGUGAAAUCGGGUUGACCAGCGACGAAAUCGCAACCUUUGAGAUGUCUGGCUUCGUGAUGAGCGGUAGCAGGUACAUUAGUACUCUUCUGUUUACAUUUUGACGUUUCAAAUAUUUCAUAUUUUACACAUUUGGUUGACUGCUUUGUAACGCUCAUUGCAAUUUUGUAACCCCCAGACAUCGUCGUAUGGAGGCUGUGCGUCUGAGAAAGGAAAACCAGAUCUACAGUGCUGAUGAAAAGAGAGCCCUGGCAUCUUUCAACCAGGAGGAAAGGAGAAAGAGGGAGAGCAAAAUCCUCUCCAGCUUCAGAGAAAUGGUGUACAGGAAAACUAAAGGCAAAGAGGAGAAAUGAACCAUUUUGUUUCUCUCCUUUCAGAACUUUAAGCUUCGGAGACCUUUUUUUACCAACAUUAUCUUUCGUUGUGUUUAGUUUCCAAUCGUUUCAUGAUUUGAUAAUGUACUUUCUUUCCUCUUUGUAUUGGGAAUUAAGCCUAUAUUUUAAGCAUCUCUGACACAGUGGACUAUUUUGUUUAUGUAGAAAGUAGUCAGAAAGUGAAUAUUGGAAAGUGCUUGUUUUUCUGGGGUCACAAAGCAAACACAAGAAUGGACCAGGCAGCUAUACUUAGUGUAUAGAGGCAUUUUGUAUUAUGCUAUUACUAUAUUGUGCAUCCCAACAAAUCAAAUCCAAUCCAUCCCUGAAUCUAUUGAUGUAACUUUUAAUGUUGGAAAUGUGCAUGUAAAAUCACAGGUUACAUGUUCAGAAUUAAUAAAUCAUUUUAAAAUA